CAGGACUUCUUCUUUGACCUUCUGAAUGCAAGUUCGACCCGUAGAGACGCCAAACAAUACCUGGAUCGCUUCAAGCCCACUCUCGACAAGAAACCUAAGAAGACUCCUGUCGUACAUGACCCCAAGGAGUCGAAACAACAAUGGCAGCUCCAGAGGUCUGGUGUCAACCUCGGCCAGCUGUACCUUCCUACUCAAGCCGCAGCUGCCACACCGACCUUCUCUCAGUACGUAGAACAAGAGAGGCAGGUUCAACGCGGCGCUGGAGAGAUACACGUCGCACUGGUCUGUCUGAGAGCUCCUCAUCUGAUUGAUGACGAGACUCUCGACGGUAUUGCUUUGACCAUGGCUCAAUUGGUCCGUCUCGAUAUGCAAAUCGUUCUCGUACUCAACUGUGAGGACGAAAUCGUGCAAACGAACAAGUCUUACAGAGAGGUAUACCAACGCCAGGGAAGUAGAGUCGUUGCCGCCCUGGACCGUCACAACAACGAGGGUGCUCGUUACGUCGAGUCUGCUCUGAACAUUACUAACCAGGAAUCAAUGCCAGCUUCACGUCCCAAAGUCAUGGGUACUGUAGAGCUUGGUUUGCCGAAACUCAUAACAGAGCCAUUGAAGCGAGGUGCCAUACCUGUCAUACCCACAAUGGCUUAUGACACGACUUGCAAGGUUGAGAAUGUGUCUGCCAGCGCUGUUAUGCUGGCCCUGACACGCUCCUUGUCUGGUUUGGCCGCUGUCACUGGCUCGACAGAAAAACCACUUGAGGAUACCUCAUUAGACAGAAUCAUCAUGCUCGAUCCUCUAGGAGGUCUUCCUACAGAAACUCGACAGGACCAGGCGCAUGUCUUCGUCAACCUUGAGCAAGAGUACGACAUGAUUCGCGACGAGAUCAAGUCCCAUGGCAUGAACCCCCAAUACCUCGACACGCUCAGUCUGGUCAGAGAUUGCUUGGCUCUGCUUCCACCUGCCUCGUCGGCAUUGCUCAUCUCACCCGAAGAAGCAGCCAUCUCUUCGCACCACUCUCGCAAGGAAUCAACCAUUGGCAUCACCACUCGACGACAAAAGAAUCCCUUGAUUCACAACUUGCUCACCAACAAACCACUCAUCUCUUCCUCUCUGCCUGUCGCUCGUCUCUCCGCCAAUGGCAUUAUCCCUUCCAUGUCUUCCGAGAGUGCCACUCGCUCUACACUUGUAAAGCGUGGUAUGCCAUUGAUGAUAGUCCCCGACCUUCGAAACACGCCUUGGACACCACCAAAGCCCGGCGAAUCUACCAUCGCCCUAGACAACCACCCAGAUAUCAAUUUCCCUCGCCUCGUCGCUUUGAUUGAAGACUCCUUCCGCAGACCCCUCGAUGCCCAACACUACCUCAAUCGCAUCAAGAAUCGUGUCGCUGGCGUCAUCAUAGCAGGAGAAUAUGAAGGUGGUGCCAUUUUGACCUGGGAAGAACCACGAACCCCUGACUACAAGCAAUCAGGAGCAAACUCGGAUCCAACUCGCCUGGUACCCUACCUAGACAAGUUCGCCGUGCUGCAACGUUCCCAAGGCAGUUCUGGAGUAGCGGAUAUCGUGUUCCAAUCCAUGGUGCGCAGUUGCUUCCCUAAUGGCGUAUGCUGGCGAUCUCGUUCAAACAAUCCUGUCAACAAGUGGUACUUCGAGCGGUCGAGGGGAACAUGGCAUUUGCAGGAUACACAGUGGACCAUGUUUUGGACAAAUCCAGAUCUAGUGGCUGAUCAACAGCGCUGGGAGGAUUAUGUGUCAGUGUGCAGGAGUAUUGAACCUAGUUGGGCGGAUAAUAAGGCUAAGCCUGAUUAG